GUCUGCUUUGUUAUAGACAGACGAUUUCAUAUCUGUAGACCUGUUUUAGAGACUUGUUUUUAAGUACACUGAACUUGAUCACACAUAAGAUUCUGGUUCUUGGGAAACAUAGCUCAAUUUCCUAGUCAUCUGCUACAACUUGAUUGCAUGGCUUUGCAAGCGGCUACUUUACUUCCAUCUGCUCUAUCCCUCCACAAAGAGGGCAAGUCGAAUGCAGCUCUGAAGGAGACAACGCUAUUUGGCGUUUCAGUGUCAAAUCAUCUUAAAGCUGAUUUUAUUUCUUCUUCCAAAUUGAGCAAGGAUUUUAGGAGGAGAUUGUCACUUGGAACUAUUAGAGCACAAACAGUAUCAGCUCCAGAAAUCAGCCAGGCUGCAUCAGAAGAGAAGAAGACUUUGAGAAAAGGUAAUGUCAUAAUUACAGGAGCCUCCUCAGGAUUAGGUCUGGCUGCAGCAAAGGCAAUCAGUGAAACGGGAAAAUGGCACGUCAUCAUGGCUUGCAGGAAUUUCCUCAAGGCUGAGAAAGCUGCUAAAUCAGCUGGCAUUUCAAAGGAAAACUAUACGGUCAUGCAUCUUGACCUUGCUUCACUUGAAAGUGUACGUCAAUUUGCAGAUGCAUUUCGACAAUCUGGGAGGCCACUUGAUGUGCUAGUUUGCAAUGCUGCAGUAUACUUCCCCACUGCAAAAGAGCCAACAUAUACAGCUGAAGGUUUUGAGUUAAGUGUUGGCACGAACCAUCUUGGUCAUUUCCUCCUUUCAAGGUUGCUGCUAGAUGACCUGAAGCAGUCAGACUACCCCCAGAAACGCCUUAUUAUUGUUGGGUCCAUAACUGGAAACACGAAUACCUUGGCAGGCAAUGUGCCACCAAAGGCUAACCUUGGGGAUCUAAGGGGACUGUCAAGUGGCUUGACUGGACGAGAUUCCUCACCAAUGAUAGAUGGUGGACAGUUUGAUGGAGCAAAAGCCUACAAAGACAGCAAAGUUUGCAACAUGCUCACUAUGCAAGAAUUCCAUAGAAGGUUUCAUGAGGAGACAGGCAUCAGCUUCGCCUCUCUCUACCCAGGAUGCAUUGCUGAAACUGGUCUUUUCAGGGAACACAUCCCACUGUUCAGGCUUCUCUUCCCCCCAUUCCAGAAGUACAUUACAAAAGGCUAUGUGUCUGAAGAAGAAGCUGGAAAAAGACUUGCACAGGUAAUAAGUGAUCCUAGCCUAUCAAAAUCAGGUGUUUAUUGGAGCUGGAACAAGAACUCAUCUUCAUUUGAAAACCGGCUAUCAAAAGAAGCCAGUGAUUCAGAAAAGGCACGUAAACUGUGGGAGAUCAGUGAAAAGCUUGUUGGAUUAGCUUAAAGAAAACUUGGAGGGCACAACUCAAGUCUCUGUCAUCAUAAGCAAGGUUUGUGUAGUUAAGAUUGACCUGGAAAGAAAAUUACAAUGAGCGAUUCCUAAAACAAAAUAACUUGCGCCUAGAAAGAUUAGAAAGGUGAGCCAUCCUUUGUACAGAUGAGGCCUUUGUAAAAAUAGCUUUGUCAUUUGCUUAUGUGACAUUUCAAUUAUAGUGUGUCUCUUUCAUAUGCUCUGAAAAUUUUCGUUUUCCCCUUGACA